GUCUGGCCGGGCUAGGCAGUGGCGUUGCCAUGACGAGCAUUUUCUUAAGCUCGCGCCGCUCGGAGCAGGAGGGACUCGACUCGCAAAACGCUGGAUUUAAAAAAGGGGCGAAGAGGCAGCGCGGAGACCGCGCCGAGGAGCCGCCUUCCCGCAGACAAUUGCCUCCCAGAGCAGCUCACAUCAAUAAUAAUCAUCAUAAUAAAAAGAGGCAGCAAGAGAGAGAGAAGAGAGGCCCUGCCAUCAGGCUUGCAGACUAAAAAGACAAGACACAGAACAGAAGGGGAGGAGAGCAGGCAAAAGUUAAGAGGAGGGAGAACAGUUCUUCAAGGCCAGAUUAAAGUAGUUUCGGUUGAAGACAGUAUCCAGGGAGCCCAUCUCUUUCUCUGGGAGAUGCACACUGGCUGUUGCUAAGGUUGCUUCCACGGUAACAUGUGCAUCCUGUUUACACCUUCAUCGGAAGAAGUUGGGCUUGGCUAGGCUCACCAGCUUUACCUGGGGAACUGCAAAAGGAAGCGCUGGUAUCCCCACCCCCUCACCAGCCCUUCCCUCUAACCCAGGAUCCUCCGUUUCCCCCAGAGGCAUUGCUUCUGGUGCCAUACAGGCCACAGAACUGGACUGCUUUCUGCGUGGAGCUCAGAAGUUUACAUUACCUGCUCUGUUUCCAUUGAGGAAAGAGACACAGAAGUGAAAAAGUUGCAGACAACAUUUCUCGUGCUGCUCUCUACUUGAACCAACUCUGCUUUUGUCAAGAUGACGAACAACUCUGCCGAUCACCACCCUGGGAACUCUGUGGUUGAGGGCAACCAUGAGGGGGACUUUGGUUGCUCUGUUAUGGAUCUGCGGAACCUCAUGGAACUUCGCAGUGGAGAGGCUGUGAACCGGAUAAACGACACCUAUGGGGGUGUACAUAAUAUUUGCAAGAGAUUGAAGACCUCACCAGUGGAAGGCCUCUCUGGGAACCCCGCGGAUCUGGAAAAAAGAAGGCAAGCAUUUGGCCAGAACUUCAUCCCACCCAAAAAGGCCAAAACUUUCCUGCAGUUAGUCUGGGAAGCACUUCAGGAUGUCACGUUAAUCAUCUUGGAAAUUGCAGCCAUAAUCUCCCUGGGCUUGUCUUUCUAUCACCCUCCUGGUGGCGAUAAUGAAAUGUGUGGGCAAGCAGCAGCUGGUGCAGAGGAUGAAGGUGAGGCUCAAGCUGGAUGGAUUGAAGGAGCAGCCAUCCUCUUCUCGGUCUUUAUUGUGGUGCUGGUCACAGCCUUCAAUGACUGGAGCAAAGAGAAGCAGUUCCGGGGCCUCCAGAGUCGGAUCGAACAGGAACAGAAGUUCACGGUCAUCCGGAAGGGGCAGGUUAUCCAAAUCCCCGUGGCUGAGAUUGUGGUGGGGGAUAUUGCUCAGAUCAAGUAUGGUGAUUUGUUGCCAGCAGACGGGAUUCUGAUCCAAGGCAAUGAUCUGAAAAUUGAUGAGAGCUCUCUGACUGGGGAGUCAGACCAAGUGAAGAAAUCUCUGGAUAAAGACCCCAUGCUGCUUUCUGGGACUCAUGUGAUGGAGGGCUCUGGUCGAAUGAUGGUCUCGGCUGUGGGUAUCAACUCACAAACUGGAAUCAUUUUUACUCUACUGGGUGCUGGAGAAGGGGAAGAGGAGAAGAAGGUCAAGAAAGGUAAAAAACCCGGAGCCCCCGAAAAUCGCAACAAAGCAAAAACUCAAGAUGGUGUGGCCCUGGAGAUCCAGCCACUGAAAAGCCAAGAAGGGGUGGAAAACGAGGAGAAGGAGGAGAAGAAGAAGGUAAAGGUCCCAAAGAAGGAGAAGUCAGUGUUGCAGGGGAAACUCACCCGUUUGGCAGUUCAGAUUGGAAAAGCAGGCCUGAUUAUGUCAGCCAUCACAGUCAUUAUCCUGGUGCUGUAUUUUGUGAUUGACACCUUCGGGAUUCAAGGAAGGCAAUGGCUGGCCGACUGCACCCCCAUCUACAUCCAGUAUUUCGUCAAGUUCUUCAUCAUUGGUGUCACUGUGCUCGUGGUAGCUGUGCCUGAAGGCUUGCCUCUGGCUGUAACCAUCUCUUUGGCCUACUCUGUGAAGAAAAUGAUGAAAGAUAACAAUCUGGUUAGGCACUUGGAUGCUUGCGAGACAAUGGGCAACGCCACUGCUAUCUGCUCAGACAAGACAGGUACUCUCACCAUGAACCGUAUGACUGUGGUCCAAGCUUAUGUGGGGGACACCCACUACAGACAGAUCCCUGACCCAGAAGCCAUCCUGCCCAAGACUCUGGACCUCAUCAUCAACGGUGUUGCAAUAAAUUCUGCUUACACCUCUAAAAUCUUGCCACCAGAGAAAGAAGGGGGCCUCCCACGUCAAGUUGGAAACAAGACAGAAUGUGCACUUCUGGGUUUUGUGCUGGACCUGAAGCAGGAUUAUCAAGCCGUCCGCAAUGAGGUGCCAGAGGAAAAACUCUACAAGGUGUACACCUUCAACUCGGUCCGCAAAUCCAUGAGCACGGUGCUGAAGAACCCAGAUGGGAGCUUCCGCAUGUACAGCAAAGGAGCCUCUGAGAUCCUCCUGCGCAAAUGCACAAAGAUCUUGGACAAGAAUGGGGAACCCAGAAUAUUUAAGGUGAAGGAUCGGGAUGAGAUGGUGAAGAAAGUGAUUGAGCCAAUGGCUUGUCAGGGGCUGCGUACCAUUUGCCUGGCAUAUCGGGAUUUCCCUACUGGAGUUGAGCCUGACUGGGAUACGGAAAACGAGAUCCUGUCUGACCUUACCUGCAUCACUGUGGUUGGCAUUGAGGACCCUGUUCGGCCAGAGGUGCCUGAUGCAAUCCUGAAGUGUCAGCGAGCUGGUAUUACUGUCCGGAUGGUUACAGGUGACAACAUCAACACAGCCCGUGCCAUUGCAACCAAGUGUGGCAUCUUGCUACCUGGGGAGGACUUCCUGUGCUUGGAAGGGAAGGAAUUCAACCGGCUGAUCCGCAACGAGAAAGGAGAGGUGGAACAAGAACAACUGGAUAAGAUUUGGCCCAAGCUACGGGUCCUGGCACGAUCUUCACCCACAGAUAAACACACACUUGUUAAAGGAAUUAUUGACAGUACCGUUGGAGAACGGAGGCAGGUGGUGGCUGUGACUGGGGAUGGCACCAAUGACGGCCCAGCCUUGAAGAAAGCAGACGUGGGAUUUGCUAUGGGCAUUGCUGGCACAGAUGUGGCUAAAGAGGCCUCAGAUAUCAUCCUGACAGAUGACAACUUUACAAGCAUAGUCAAGGCAGUGAUGUGGGGCCGCAAUGUGUACGACAGCAUCUCCAAAUUUCUGCAGUUCCAACUUACGGUCAACGUGGUGGCUGUGAUUGUGGCUUUCACGGGCGCUUGUAUCACACAGGACUCUCCUCUGAAGGCUGUCCAGAUGUUGUGGGUCAACUUGAUCAUGGAUACCUUUGCUUCGUUAGCCCUUGCCACAGAACCCCCAACCGAAUCCUUGCUCUUGCGCAAGCCAUAUGGCCGCAACAAGCCACUCAUUUCCCGCACCAUGAUGAAGAACAUCCUGGGGCAUGCUGUGUACCAGCUCACCAUUAUUUUCACACUGCUCUUUGCUGGUGAGAAAUUUUUUGAUAUUGACAGUGGCCGGAACGUCCCCCUCCACUCCCCACCCACUGAACACUACACCAUUGUCUUCAACACUUUUGUCAUGAUGCAACUUUUCAAUGAGAUCAAUGCUCGCAAGAUCCAUGGUGAGCGGAAUGUCUUUGAGGCCAUUUUCCGGAACCCCAUCUUCUGCUCAGUGGUGCUAGGAACCUUUGUUGCCCAGAUCAUCAUUGUAGAAUUUGGUGGGAAGCCCUUCAGCUGUUCUGGACUCACCUUGAGCCAAUGGUUCUGGUGUGUUUUCAUUGGUGUUGGAGAGCUGCUUUGGGGACAGUUGAUCAGCAGCAUUCCAACCAAUCAGCUGAAGUUCCUGAAGGAGGCAGGCCAUGGCAUUAACAAGGAGGAUAUUAAUGAUGAGGAGUUCACUGAGGGUCUAGAUGAAAUCGACCAUGCUGAAAUGGAGCUGCGGCGAGGACAGAUUCUCUGGUUCCGGGGUCUCAACAGAAUACAGACUCAGAUCAAAGUGGUGAAUGCGUUCCGUAGCUCCUUGUAUGAAGGCCUCGAGAAACCCGAAUCCAGAAGCUCCAUUCAUAACUUCAUGACUCACCCAGAGUUCAUCCUGGAGGAAGACGAGCCUCGGACCCCAUUCCUUGAUGGCACUGACGAAGACCCAGAAGCUGAAGAACUCCAAAAGCAGAGUGAGGAGAGCCCAGGCGAGUCCUCAUCCCUCAACAAAAAUAACAAUGCAGUGGACAGCGAUACAGCUGAGGACACCAUUCCGGAGCCAGAAAGCCCUUUACACAGCUUGGAAACAUCAGUUUGACCUCUGA